AUGUUCAAGAACGUAUUCAAGAAAAAGCCUCAGGAUGUCUUUCCUGAUAGCGAGCUGCCUAGAGAAUCGAUAUCUCCUACAGAUCGCGAGAAAGGUGAUGCCGCUACCGUGGACACUCCUAUUCCACUCUUCACGCUGCGGUCAUUCAUUAUGGGCAUUUUUGUGUCUAUGGGCGGAUUCCUCUUCGGUUAUGACACCGGUCAAAUUUCUGGGUUCCUAGAGAUGCAAAAUUUCCUCAUGCGAUUUGGGGAGCGGAACUCGGAUGGAACCUACUACUUCAGCAACGUGCGCUCGGGUCUUAUUGUUGCUCUGCUCUCCAUCGGCACCUUGAUUGGAGCAUUAAUUGCUGCCCCCAUCGCUGAUCGAGUGGGACGCAAGUGGUCAAUCAGUGGCUGGUGUGUGAUACUCAUGGCUGGUGUCACUGUACAAAUUUCAUCUCCCACCGGUAAAUGGUAUCAGGUUGCACUUGGACGUUGGACAGCGGGUCUUGGAGUCGGUGCGUUGUCUCUGCUGGUGCCAAUGUACCAGGCAGAGUCAGGACCGAGACAUAUCCGAGGAGCUCUGGUUAGUACAUACCAGUUGUUCAUCACCCUCGGAAUUUUCGUCGCCAACUGUAUUAACUACGGCACCGAAAAACGCACGGACACUGGAUCCUGGCGUAUUCCUAUGGGAAUCACAUACCUCUGGGCCCUCAUUCUGGGCGUGGGAAUGCUCUUCUUCCCAGAAAGUCCUCGCUAUGACUACCGCCACAAUAAAGUAGAAAAAGCUGUGAAUAACCUCUCCAAGAUCUACGGGCUUCCCCGGAACCACCGUGUCCUGAAAAUCGAAUUCGAAGAGAUCAGGAUGAAAUAUGAGGAAGAAGUCAACACUGGAAAAAUCGGCUGGGUUACUUUCUUCAAAGCACCGACGAUGGCGAAGCGAGUUGUUGUUGGUGUCUCGCUGCAAGCUCUACAGCAGCUGACAGGUGCCAAUUACUUCUUCUCUACUACGGGACCACGCUACGUGACGCAGAUGAUUCUGGGCGGCGUGAACUUUGGCAGUACCUUCCUUGGUCUCUAUUUGAUCGAGCACUACGGUCGUCGCCGGUCUCUUAUCAUUGGUGCUUUGUGGAUGUUCGUCUGCUUCAUGGUCUUUGCCUCGGUUGGUCACUUCUCCUUGAACAUCGAUCAUCCCGAACAAACACACAGCGCCGGUGUGGCCAUGGUCGUCUUCGCCUGUCUCUUCAUUCUCGGCUUCGCCAGUACCUGGGGCCCCAUGGUAUGGACCAUCAUCGCCGAACUCUUCCCUUCACAGUACCGUGCGCGCGGUAUGUCCCUCGCCACCGCCUCCAACUGGCUCUGGAACUUCCUGCUAGCCUUCUUCACUCCGUUCAUCGUCGGCGCCAUCGACUUCCGCUACGGAUAUGUCUUUGCCGGCUGUCUGUUCUUAGCUGCGGGCUUGGUCUACGUCGCCGUUAUCGAGGGCCAGGGCCGAACUUUGGAAGAGAUCGAUACUAUGUAUCUUAUGAAGGUCAAGCCGUGGAAAAGCUCCAAGUUCCAAUUCCCAGCCGACCCGAAUAUUAUUCGUGCUUCUUUUGACAAGGGCCACGGCUCUUCGGAACAUGUGGCUGAUGUGGCCCGGCCUGACAAGACUAUGACCGGGGCAGAUGCGGAUGUGCCUACUAUCCCGGACACGACUCGCUAG